CUCGCUCUCUUUUUAAGUAGAACAGUGUUUAGGUUUAGUUUAUCUUCUUUAUACUUAGCAUACUAUGUUCUCUAUUGAUUUUUAAAAUAUAGAUAUUAUUAAUUCUUAGAGUAUAGUUGAUAGUUUUACAAUAUCGGCCUAUUUCCACGAUAGUAAUAGGAUUAUCAUCGACGUCAUGUAAGCCGGACUAUGAUGAAAAUUAAUGAUUUAGUUUAAAAUUCUCGUGCUGUAGGAAAGUCAAAAAAUAGAGAUAUAGAUAAGGAGAUAGAUUGAAAGAGAAAGAGAGAGAGAGAUAGGGAAGGAGGCGGAGGAGGGAUAAAAGAAGAGAGACAGAGAAAGUUAGAUCUGCAGAAAAAGAUCAUAGAAUUAAAUAUGUUUUCGUUUCUCGAUUCCCAAACAGAGGAGAACAUCAGUAGAAAUCACCGAGCAGUUGAAAGGAGAAGGAGGAAUAAGAUGAACUCGUAUCUCAAAGAAUUGUCCUCUAUUGUACCUAUGUGUACAGUCCUUAGCAGUCAAAAUAAGAAAUUAGACAAAUUGACCAUACUGAAACUCACAGCCCAACAUCUAAAGUCAAUUAAAGGUUUAUUAAUAAUAAUUACAAUAGUAAUGGUAUUUAUAGCUGAAUUACAAAUAUAAUAGAUAGGAUUAACGCAUUAAAAAUGACUCUUCUAAUCUUAAACAUAAACUCUAUUUAGGUUGCGAGACUUCUAAAAGAGAAGAAGUUCAAACAUUUUUCUCUUCAAACGAUUUAAGACAUUUCUCCUAUAACAUGAUUGAUGGAUUUUCAAUGGUGAUUGGAUGUAAGAGAGGAGAAAUUUUCUUUGUAUCGAAAUCAGUUGAAACUAUCUUGAAUUAUUCUAAUACAGAACUUGAAGGUCAAAAUUUAUUUGAAUUUCUACAUCCGAAUGAUUUAAAUUUAGUUAAGGAACAAGUCCUACAUCGUGGAAAUUUUCCAAAACCAUUUAAUCCUGAGGAAUCUGUGAAUAAUUUAUCCUGUGAAAAUUGGAACUUAUGGCCAGGCGAUAGGAGAAGCUUCUUUUGCAGAUUCAAAAUAAAUCGAGAGAUUGCCUGCUUAUCUAAUGAGGGCACUUACCAAAUUGUUCAUUGUACAGGUUAUCUCAGAAUAUUUGGUAUAAGCAAUUCUAAUAAUGAAGACGAUGAAAGCUCUAAUAAAAGUUGUCUGCUGAUGGUAGUUAGAAAAAAGGAGUCUGAAGAGACUAAAAACUCAUUAGGCUUCCUUUACCAGUCGCCGCAAUUCUACGUUAAACAGUCUACAAAUGGGAAGUUCACUUUCGCAGAUCUAAGUGUAUUUGAAGUACUCGGCUACCUUCCACAAGAGUUAAUAGGUUCCUCUUACUACGAACUUUGCCACCAAGAUGAUGUACCGAAUCUAACAGAAAUAUACGAACAAGCAUCUUCUAAACCCAAUUCACCUAUAGUUAAGGUACUUAGAAUACGUAAGAGAAGCGGAGAAUAUGUUCACUUGAAGACUAAAACGAUUCGCGUUGAGAAUUCCUAUUCAAAAAUUGUUGAAUUUCUUAUUACAACAAACAGUUUAGCAUCAAUCGAUAACUUUGAAAGUGAUACUUCAACAAUUAACGAGGGUUGCGCAAUAAAUGACAAAAGACACGAAUCAACAAUAGUUGGUUUAGGAUUAGGAUGCGAAAUUGUCGAAAAUAUUACUGGUACAAAGUCCAAUUCUGAAAAUAAAGAUGAAAUCAAUUCUACUUUGGAAAAAGUAAUGGAUUUAGAAGAAAAUGAUACUUACUUUGAUGGAAUCCAAAAUCUAAUGGAUGCCUCCUGGUAAUCCUCUCUUUCGAUACUUUUGAACAUUAAAUAUCCCUUAUAAUACGAGAGUUUUUAAUCUAUUCAACUCAUUUACAAGUAGGCUUUAAUCACAUAUUAAUUGAAUAAUAUAGAAUAAAACUCUAUAUAUAUUGUAUAUAUAUAGUAUAUUAUUAAUGAAGAUAAAAACUUUAUAAAUUCUAUACGAUUAAGUAGAUUAUGA